CCUGUCCACUCCCUCAGGGGCCUGAUGGAGGAGCUGGUAGGGCUUCGUGAGGGCUCCUCGGGGAACCCUGUGACACUUCAGGAGCUAUGGGGCCCGUGUCCCCGCAUCCGCCGAGGCAUCCGAGGUGGCCUCGAGUGGUUGAAGCAGAAGCUGUUCCGCAUGGGUGAGGACUGGUACUUCCUGAUGACCCUCGGGGUUCUCAUGGCCCUGAUCAGCUACACCAUGAGCUUCACUGUCGGGCGUGUGGUCCGAGCACACAAGUGGCUGUACCGGGAGAUUGGGGACAGCCACCUACUCCGGUAUCUCUCCUGGACCGUGUACCCUGUGGCCCUGGUCUCCUUCUCCUCAGGCUUUUCCCAGAGCAUCACGCCCUUCUCGGGAGGUUCUGGAAUUCCGGAGCUGAAGACCAUUCUGUCGGGCGUGGUCUUGGAGGACUACCUGGAUAUCAAGAACUUCGGGGCCAAGGUGGUGGGCCUCACCUGCACCCUGGCCACGGGCAGCACCAUCUUUCUGGGCAAAGUGGGCCCCUUCGUGCACCUGUCUGUGAUGAUCGCUGCCUACCUGGGCCGCAUGCGCACCAAGGCCAUUGGGGAGUCUGAGAACAAGAGCAAGCAAAACGAAAUGCUGGUGGCGGCAGCGGCGGUGGGCGUGGCCACAGUGUUCGCAGCGCCCUUCAGCGGCGUCCUGUUCAGCAUCGAGGUCAUGUCCUCCCACUUCUCGGUCUGGGAUUACUGGAGGGGCUUCUUCGCUGCCACCUGUGGGGCCUUCAUGUUCCGCCUCCUGGCUGUCUUCAACAGCGAGCAGGAGACCAUCACCUCCCUCUACAAGACCAAUUUCCGGGUAGAUGUCCCCUUUGACCUGCCAGAGAUCUUCUUUUUUGUGGCGCUGGGGGCCAUCUGUGGCAUCCUGAGCUGUGCUUACCUCUUCUGUCAGCGGACGUUCCUCGCCUUUGUCAAGACCAACUGGGUCCUCUCCAAACUGCUGGCCACCAGCAAGCCUCUGUAUUCGGCUCUGGCCGCCUUGGUUCUCGCCUCCAUCACCUAUCCCCCUGGCGUGGGCCGCUUCAUGGCUUCUCAGCUGUCCAUGAGGGAGCAUCUGGACUCACUGUUCGACAAUAUCUCCUGGGCGCUGAUGACCCGGAACUCGUCCCCACCCUGGCCCUCGGAGCCCGACCCACAGAACCUAUGGUUCGAAUGGUACCACCCGCAGUUCACCAUCUUUGGGACCCUCGCCUUCUUCCUGGUUAUGAAGUUCUGGAUGAUGAUUCUGGCCACCACAAUCCCCAUGCCUGCUGGGUACUUCAUGCCCAUAUUCAUCUACGGAGCUGCCAUCGGGCGCCUCAUAGGGGAGGCCCUCUCUGUUGCCUUCCCAGAGGGCAUCGUGGCUGGAGGUGUCACCAACCCCAUCAUGCCCGGGGGGUAUGCCCUGGCAGGGGCUGCGGCUUUCUCAGGGGCUGUGACCCACACCAUCUCCACAGCAUUGCUGGCCUUCGAGCUGACCGGCCAGAUCGUGCACGCGCUACCUGUGCUGAUGGCAGUGCUGGCAGCCAACGCCGUCGCCCAGAGCUGCCAGCCCUCCUUCUAUGACGGCACCAUCAUCGUCAAGAAGCUGCCAUACCUUCCGUGGAUCCGGUGCCGAAAUAUCAGCUCUCGCCAUGUAACUGUGGAGCACUUCAUGAACUGUACCGUCACCACGCUGGCCAAGGACACACCGCAGGAGGAGGUGGUCAAGGUCGUGACCUCCACAGACACUGCCGAGUACCCCCUGGUGGAGAGCACAGAGUCUCAGAUACUGGUGGGCACCGUGCAAAGGGCACACCUGGUGCAGGCCCUCCAGGCUGAGCCAUCCUCUUGGGUUCCAGGACACCAGCAGUGUCUGCAGGACAUCUUGGCUGGGGGCUGCCCCGUGGAGCCAGUGACCCUGAAGCUGUCCCCAGAGACUUCCCUGCACCAGGCACACAACCUCUUCAAGCUGUUGAACCUUCAGUCCCUCUUCGUGACGUCUCAGGGCAGAGCUGUGGGCUUCGUGUCUUGGGUGGAGUUGAAGAAAGCAAUUUCCAACCUGACAAACCCUCCGGCCCCAAAGUGAGCCAGCCUCUGGCAAGAUGGAACAGGGCCCCUCAGCUGCCC